CUCAUAGAAAAAUAAGAAAAAAUGUAAGAAUAAAAUUAAUUAUUCUUUUGCCCAGAAACAGAAGAGAGUGAAAUUAUAAAAGCAAAAACUUGUGAUGUUUAAACAUAAAGAAUAGCUGCAAGCUUUUAUUCAUAAUUUUCUGAUGGUACUGACUUACUUAUGGAUCUGAGACGAAAUCAUUAAUGCAAUUCUGUUUGCUCUUCAUCUAGUUUAUAAUCCUCUAGAACUUUACCAGAUGAAGGUAUGCAACAUAAUUAUUCUAAAUGCUUAGGUACAAAAAGACACUUAAAUUUUAGAUUUAGACAUUUUAUCUGAAGCUGCUAAACAAUAAUUUAAUUUUGUAUUCAAAACUUAAGAGGAUUGGUUAGAACAUUUUGCUUAAAAAUGUGUAGAUUUAGAAACAUUUUUUAAAGAAUGUACUUUUAAUUCAUUGAUAGAAAAGGAAAUUUAAAAUGAAGGUUGUAAUAUAAAAAAAGGUAUUGUAUUAACAGUUGAUUAUUUUACAAACUUAUUCACUUUUUCCUUAUAUUUAAUAUGGAAAUGGAUUUAAAACGAAAAUUAAAUGGAUAUGACAAAUUAUGUCUCAUGUUAAAAUUCAAUACCUAUAUUUUUUAAUCUCAUAUUUUAGUAUCGAUAUAAUGAAUUAAAGAAUGAUAAGAUCUUUAUUGCAUUUAUUGAAUAAUAUGUUCAAACAGUUUUAAAAUUUAAAUUUGAAGAUGAAUAACAUUCAAAUCCAUAUUUGGGAUUAGGAAUUUAAAAUUUUAUACCUCUUUUUGUCCUAAAAGAAAAUGAAGUCUUACCUUGGCAUCCAGAAGAAGUUGCCAAAAUAUUAAGCACAAUCAAUCAAGCAUUUUAUGCUGAUUUAUAAAUUAAAAAUAUUAUCAUUAAAGGAGGUCUUAAAUAAGUAAAAUUAUAUUUUAAACUAGUAUUUUAAAAGAAUUAAUACACUUUCAUAAUAUAUUAUUUACUCAGUUGUGAAAAGUCCUUGUAAAUAUAAAAGAUAAGAAGCUUUGUCAUAUUGGAUUGAUUUAGCUGAAAGGCUAUAAAUUCAUAAUGAUCUUGAAGGAUUGUUCAUAGUUUUUAAAUAUGGAAUAUAAUUAUUACUGAAAGAUUAUAUUUCAACAAUGCCUAUCUUAUUCAAACAUUAAAAUCGAAUUACUAAAAUAAAUUCCUUUUAUGAAUUGCAAAUUAAGGACAAUCUAAAAAAUAUUAAACCAAACCCAAAAACAUAUAAUCUACCAUCUUUCUAAAAAUAUCAGACACAUAUUAAAAGAUUGGAAUUGUAAGCAAAAUAAAAUAGAUAGGCUUUUGAAUAAAUAGCUAGCCUUUUAGCAGAAUUGGUAACUAUUUCAAAAGAAUAAUCAUUAAAACAAUCUAUUAUGAAUCAUUAAGUAUACAUUUCAAAAUAAUUUUUAGUUAACAUUUUAAGAGUAAUAAAUAGUAAGAUUUUUAACAGAAGGAAUUGAAUAUGAAUUAGAGAAGAAUUUGAAGAUUCCUCUAGAAAAAGAAACUUUAGUAUAUAUUGAACUCAUUAAGUUGUCAAAAAUUAUGAAUUGA